AUGAUCGUAUCAAGCGUCACUCUCGUCUCACUUUCGCUAAAGCACCAACGACCAAAAUUGGCGAAGUCCUUAAAGUUAAUUAAACAGGGAGAAACGGAAAACAUAGCUUUGGCGUCUGUAGUUAAUCUUGUUGAUGUCAGCGGCUUGAUGAUGCUUUCUGAUGUAAUGAAAUACUGCAUAACUGAGGGGUGUCUCACGCUAUUCAACGUUAAUGGUACCUUCAGGAAGACACAGAAGAGCAAGAUACUCCAGAAACUGACACAAGAGCCAAUUGAUGUCUCAUCUUAUACCGCGCUGGUUGACAUGGGGAUGAUCUGGCGACUUGCAUCUCCCACUAUGGAGGGCCGAGAAAAGAACGAUGGGUCUACUUAUACCUGGGGUGACUACACCGACAAAGUUACCAGCAUGCUACUUGCACGCCAUGUGGACGCUGCUACCAUUAUCUGCAUUAACGACCCAUAUGAUCACGUUGAAUCCAUCAAAGAUGACGAGCGUGAGUCGCGUAUCCAGGGGCAAGGUCAUAUUCCCAAUGUGUAUAUGAAAUCAACUGACAAGUUUCCAUCAGCCCGAGAUUUUAAGACCUUUCUCUGCUGUUCCGGGAAUUAGAGACGUCUGCAGGCACUUAUUAAGUCUCAACUAUCUAAAGUUGUCCAGUCAAUCAAUCAAGUCCUGCUCUAUUCAGUUGGUGUAGAAUGUGUAAAUCUCUCAUCUGGUAGUAUUCAACAAGACCUUGCCUUCGAUCAGUGCGAGGCUGACACCAUCAUACUGUCAUUUUACACAGCUCUGAGGGCGUCUGGUUACAAUGACCCUGUGGUCAUAGAUGCAGCGGGCACAGAUGUCUACAUACAGGCAGCUGCCAUUUCGCAUGAUGUUCCUGGUAUAAUCUGCAUCAAGAAAAAGAAGGAAUUGCUUUUCUGCAGAGGCAUGUGUGCUGACGAGGACAUCGCUAAAUGUCUUAUCCAAUUCCUUGUCAUGACUGGCUGUGAUGCAAAUAGCUGCUUUUAUGGUCAUGGUAAAUCGACCCUCUAUGACAAAAUGGUAAAGAGUGUUGAGUGCCGCAGACUUCUUUCGAGCUGUGGGGAGAGCCUUCCUUUAAAAGAAGAUGUUCUAAAUGACCUCGUAUCUUAUGUCACACGGUUUGUAUACGGUGAUGUACAUAGUUCUUCUCUGGAUAUUACCAGAGCAGCUAAGUGGAAAGGGCAAAAGAACAAAUCCUUGAUGCGUCUUCCACCCAACUCGGACAGUCUGAAGCAGCACAUUCUCCGAGCUAAUUACUUGGCCUACAUCCAACGUCAUCCUGAACUAAGAACUCAUCCCUCACCUGUUGGUCACGGUUGGGAACUCAUCAAUGGGUGUUGUAAACCAGUGAGACACACGCAACCUCCGCUUCCUCUUACCUUAUCCAACACUUUACCUCCACAUGACUCAGAGAUUGAUUCUGAGUUUUCCGACGUGAUAGACUCUGAUUUGGACACCUCAUCAGAUGAAGAGGACUGA